AUGAUUGCAUUAGAGCAUUGCAUCAAUACCGAAAAAGAAAAAAUCACAAAAAAAAUUAAAACAGAAAAAGAACAAAAAAAGCAAAAAAUAUCCUCAGCUAAAGAGCAAAAAGCCAUAAAACGUAUUAUCAACCUUGGGUCACCAUGCGAUUCCACAUUACUAACAAAUCUCACAAUCGCACCAAAACAUAUAUCAACAAUCUUUUCUCCUGAAGCAGACGGAAAUUGUGGGUACAGGGCGAUAGCAAUGGAAGUGUACCAGGACCAGGAGGAGUGGUCAAAAGUAAAAGACAAAAUGCUAGAAACAUUUUUAAAGCACCAAAACAACUACUACCACGGAAGAAUGGAGCAUGGCAAUAUGCCUGCAUCCAAUAACCCACUAAUUCGCAGUCUCCAAGACAAGCGCUCACCUCUCCCCCAGCAACAUUGGUUCGGUACAAUCAACCAUCCUCAACUUGUAGCCGAUACAUUUAGCAGAGCAGUGGCUGUAUAUUGGAAUACUCCAAUUGAAACAGGCGACUGUCUUUUUAUUCCAUUUGCUACCUUGCCAGAAAAAGUGGAACCAAUAAUUAUUAUCUUAGAUACUACUACUGCUGUUGCUGCUCACAACUCUGCUGUUAUUUCUAUUGCCCUUUCUGUCAGCAAGGCUCUCAGAUCUCCUUCUGUUCAACAGGUUGCUGCUUCUGCUAGAAUAGAAGUAUGCAACUCUUUGAAAAUACUUGGUGUUGAUACUGGCCACAUCUUAGAUAUCAAUUUUCCUGCCAAGAAUGUAGUAUUGGAAAAAUAG